AUGCCUGAGAAAAACACACUGGAAGGCGGCUGUCUCUGUGGCAAGAUUCGGUACAGACUUGCUGCUGAUGAGUCGAUCUACAAUGUCAUGUGCCACUGCUUCAACUGCAAGAAAUCAAGCGGCACUCACAUGGUCAACUCGAGCAUCUUCCCAAGACAGCUCUUUACCUUGACCUCGGGCACACCAAAGACAUUCCAGGACAGAGAUACGGACUCCGGACAGCCGCUAUAUAGGCACUUCUGUGGCGAUUGCGGCAGCCCGACUCAUAUCACCACGCCUGUCGUGGAAGAGAUCGUUUCCGUCCUCAGCGGCACUCUGGACAAUGGGACUGAGUGGUGGGAGCCGAACAAGGAGCAGUACAUCGAAACCACGACCUGUCUGUUUCCAAAAGGGACGGCGUCGUUGAGAGGCACCCCAGAGGGCCUUUGA